AUGUAUUCGUUGAGUGCUCUACUGGAUGUAGUGGUGUCCAAUAAGCUGGCUGCAGAACUUGAUAGCGGACAUGGGCGUUGCAAGGAUGAAUUGAAGGAGUUUGAAAGACAGGAUGUUAAAUAUUGUGAAGAUUUAAAGCACAUGAAGCAAAAGAUCAAGAAACUAGAUGAGAAAGAUGACAAGGAUUCAACAAUGAUUACUAACAUAACAAAAGAUCAUGGCGCUAGUAUAGAUGAUCUCGAGACAAUUCUUGUUCCUUUAGCACAUCAUUUGAGACCAAUGCUCCUCAAUUCAUGGAAAGAAAGAAGUAAGGUUGCAUUCACAAAAAAUGCAAAGAAAAUGAAAUGUUUACUAGAUAAUUUGCAACAGAGACUUGACAAGCCUUUCCUGAAUAUGCAAUUAUAUGAAAAAGCACUAAAUUUGUUUGAAGAUGACCAAUCAACUUUGCAAUACUGGGAAACUGGUGGUAACUGCAAUAUGGCCAUAGCAUCAGCAAGACUGGGACUUCAUUGUGUUGCAAUUGGUUAUGUUGGUGAUGAAAUAUGGGACAACAUUUUUUUUUAUCCUGGACCACGAGGAAAGACCCAAGUGACAGGAACACCAGAAGAACAGAGAGCACUUGACAAGUUCUUGAGGAUGAGUGAUGUUCUUCUACUAACGUCUAAGGAGGCUAAAUCAUUGACUAGCAUAGGAAAUCCAAUACUGGCAGCCCAAGAGUUGCUCAGGAAAGGGGUCCGCACAAAAUGGGUGAUUGUUAAAAUGGGUGCAAAAGGCUCAAUUCUAAUAACCAUGUCAAAUAUAUCUUGUGCACCUGCAUUCAAGGAAACACCCACUAUGACACAGUUAUGGCAUAGUGUCCAGCCUGUAGAUCUGGACACUAUUGAUAGCUCACCUGGUCAAGAAUUUUCUCUUGAAACUGAGCAUGAACAGGUGUGGAAACAUGUUGUCCGGAAAGGGGAUGCGGUUGUUGAUGCCACUUGUGGAAAUGGGUAUGACACCUUGGUAAUGCUCAAAAUGGUUGCUGAUCAGUCAAAGAGAGGUCGUGUUUAUGGAAUGGAUGUUCAAAAAGUUGCUAUAGAAAGCACUUCAUCUUUGUUAGAUUAA